AUGGGCAUCAUGGAGAAACUAGGGGUGAAGGACCCCUUGGCAAAGCUUCCCCACAAGCCGCAGUCUUACAACGACAAGUAUGUCGUUGUCUACGACUUCAGUGAAGUCGAUUCUGACACCUCCGUCAAGGAGCUCACCACCCUCCUGAACGAACUCCAGUCUGCUGGUCUUCAGACGGAAGUGAGGGCCGGCUACGAUCAGACCCUUCUCAUCUUCGUCAAGGCUCCUAGGGAGCUUCUCGGAAACACCGUUUACAAAUCGAGAGUAAAGGACUGGCUCUAUGGCAUUAUCCCCGAGCACCCCGGCGGCACAAAGACCACCGUCGUCGACGGUGCCUUCGAGGCCGAGGACAUCCUCUCAGUGCACCACCUCGUCAACUGGCCCAAGUCUCUAGGUGGUGCUGGUGUCACCCCCGAGACGGGACAGUGGAAGAAUGUCAAGGCUAUUUUCCCUCUCCACAACGAGGGGACAAAUCAGUCUCUCAUGAAGCACCUCAGCAAACGUCUGUUCUUGACGCUGGACGAUAUUGAUUCUAUCCGCGAUCUCUGGGGAACCAAGGUCGCAUUCUAUUUUGCCUUCAUCCAGACCUACCUUCUUUUCCUCACUUUUCCCGCAAUCACAGGUGUCAUCGCAUGGCUGUACUUUUCAAAGUACUCACUCACCUACGCCAUCUCAACCUGCGUCUGGUGCAACAUCUUCCUGGAAUACUGGAAGAUCCAGGAAGUCGACCUCAGCAUCCGGUGGAACGUGCAAGGAAUCGGCAAGGUCAAGGUCAACAGGCCACAGUUCAAGUACGAAAAGAUUAUCAAGGACGAGGCCGGCCAGGAGAAGCAUUACUUCCCCAAGUGGAAGCAGGUCUCCCGCCAGCUGCUCCAGAUUCCCUUUGUCUUGAUUUCGGCCCUCGCGCUGGGCGCCAUCAUCAUGCUCGUGUUCGCCAUUGAGGUCCUCAUCUCGGAAGGCUAUGAUGGGCCUUACAAGAACCUGAUUGAGUACGUCCCUACGUGCUUGCUCGCCGUCGCGCUGCCAUACAUCAGCAGCGGCCUCGAAGAAGUCGCCACGAUACUAACGAACUACGAAAACCACCGAACCGCCGAUUACCACGAAAUGUCUCUCACGCAAAAGGUCUUCGUCCUCAACAUCAUCACAAACUACCUCCCCAUUCUCAUCACGGCCUUCAUCUAUGUCCCAUUUGGCGACGCCUUUGUCCCCUGGCUCGAGAGUAUGACAAAGGGCUUCCUCGGCGCCAUUGGCCAAAAGUACAUGGACGACGACCUCACCUUCCACGUCAACGCCGACAGGCUCCGCGACGAGGUCAUUGCCCUCGUCGUCACGGGUCAAAUCUCGGGCUUCUUUGACGAGAACAUCAAACCCGUCCUCAAACACAAGGCGCAAGAAAUCUACCGCGAGUACAAGCGUUCGCACUCAAAGGACACGAUGCUCAUGUCCAUCGUCAAGGACGCGCCCGACGAGGCGAGGUUCCUCCGCAGCGCGCGCAACCAGGCGACACUGGACAAGUACAACGUCCAGGACGACAUUGCCGAGAUCGUCCUCCAGUUCGGCUACCUCGCCCUCUUCUCCCCCGUCUGGCCCCUCAUCCCCAUCGGCUUCCUCAUCAACAACGUCGUCGAGCUGCGCACCGACUUUCUCAAGAUUUGCAUGGAGCACCGGCGCCCGCCCCCCGUGCGCACCGACGGCAUCGGCCCGUGGAUCAACUCCCUCGACUUCCUCACCUGGGCCGGCAGCCUCUCGACCGGCGCCAUCGUCCACCUCUUUGGCGCAAACAGCAUCGGCGGCGGCGCGUGGUGGGCGCUGCCCAUCACCAUCUUUAUCAGCGAGCACGUCUUCCUCGGCCUGCGGUCCGUCGUCCGCUUCUGUCUGGAGAGCAUCGGGUCGGAGCAGAUCCGCAAGCAGAGGCACCAGCGGUACGCGACGCGCGUCAAGCACCUCGAGGAGAUGGAGGCCAACAAGCAGGCCGGGCUGAUGCUGUCUGUCGCCGAGCGCGAGCGGCGCAAGUCGAUUAGAGCCAUGGGACAGGAAACCUUCUGGACGACGCAGAUUGACGACGGUGCGAGCGCCGCGGUGGGAAUUGGUCUGAUUCAGUCGGUCAAGAGGGCCGAGGUGUUGAAGAACGGACAACCGAAGAUUGACUAG